GUAUUUAUAUUUGAUCUCGAAGUCUAUAAUGAAACAAUCGGGGCGCUUCUCCAAAGGUUCACUGAAACCCAGUUUGUACGGCGGCCAGUAUCAAGUGCUCACACCGCCGCAGUGCCACUGUUCUCACCGCUCGGCAGCCACCAAUACAAGAGAUGGGGUGGGUGACUGCUGCGUUAUUGUUGAUGGCACUGACUGGGGCGUGUGCAUUCCCCAAGAAGGGGUUGGAUCCCUCUGAAAUACUCUUGAAUAGUCUUCCCCCUAAGCAGUUGGAUUCCUUGGUCGAGCUUCGCUUGCAGAAGCUCAAGGAAGAUAUAGCGGAGGCCUUUGAGAGUCGGCUGCGGCGUCACCAUCGGGACUUGGCUCUGCUUGAGGAGAGGACAGUUGCCCUCCAGCAGGGAGUGGGAGAGCAGCUCCGCUUCCGUCGAGAUGCCAGCCCCCAGCAGUACUGGCACUCCUACAACUUUGACACCCAUAGAGACAGGGAGUUGUUGAAGAUAAAUAAUAUUGCUGUGGGCCAGACUCUGGGGAGCAUCAUUAUCGACAAAAUUAUUCCACUAAAUCUCUGGAACUUAGCGGCAAUAUACAAGAGUGAGGCAAAUCGUGGCUAUGUGUUGGCCAGAGGGAUGCUGCGCCCACUAAUGGUGAAGAACUCUUGGACAAGAAGCCUCCAUGGGUGUUCCUGCAGCCACAUGGCCUACCAAAUUAGUGACGUGCAUAAGGGAUGUGCUUGUUGUCACCCUGGCAACUGUCCAUGCCCCUCACAGGCAGACACAUGUGUUCCAUGUGGCGAGCUGUACGCUGCAUCUUGUGAGCAACACAAGCCUCACCAACUGUUGGUGGAAAUGGCUGUUGGUUUCCAGUACUACCUCAAGUACUUUGACUCUGAGCAUGGGCUCCAGCGUGUACUCAUAGCUUACUAUGGCUCCAACUUGUCUUUCUACAGGAUAGAUGAUGAUGGGAUCCAACUUGUGCAGUAUGAGAAAGGCUUGAACACUCAGCUAUUAGAUAGGAACCUGACGCACCUGAGUUAUGGUGAGAUUUAUAAAAAUACUGAUGGGACCAUACUAAAAGAAAGGUUCCUCCUCACUUUUACUGCAGGAGAAACAAAUCACCAAUGUUACACCAUCAACACUGGCAGGGAAGGAUUCGUCGGGAUCGUUGGUGUGCAGUUCUGGAAGGGGAAUGGCAUAGAGAUGAGAGCAUGGCAAGUCGGAGGGCGGGUGUUUGUGGGAGUUCUGAACAGAGACUGGCUCGAGAUCAAAGAACUGAUUAAGUCACCUCGUUUGCCCAAAUAUGAGCUCCGAAGCCUACAAGUAAUGCACAUGUCUAGAGGAACUCCAGUUAUCUCCUGGACCAGCUUCAGUAUGGCCUUUGAAAGUUAUCUGGUGGUGGUGACAGAAAAACAGGCGCAGUUGUACAAUUUGGGAAAGAAUUACACAAAAAUCCAGGAUCUUGUCCCUGGUGGUGAGCUGUCGUCCUUCUCAGCCAUUAUUCCCAUGAAAAUGCAGUGGUUGCAGGGGAGGACAGUAUUGUUGGCUGGCCAAGGGCAACAUCUGGUUGCCUAUGUGUGGCAUAGUUCAGUGCAGAAAUUUAACCAGGCCUACUCAACUCGCCUUGGUGUCCAUAUACCCAACUGGGACAUUAGCUUUGCCAUCUUUGAUUCUUUCAGACGUAAGAGCCUGGUUUUCGUGCAAGGUGUUGCAGGCCCUAUGACUCUGAAUGUAGAGGCUAGCCUAAAGGAGGCAGAAGACCCAGUGGCUAGACAGAUCAAGGCCCUGCAGGGGUUAGUUCAGCCGCUCCAGGUAGAGUUUGAUAGACAGUCCCGCGUGCUGGGGGAGGUUCGCAAUGUGCUGCAGCAUGGGAGUGGUGGGGAUGUGUUUGACGGAAACAUCACAGUGUUCGGUGGGAUUCAUGUUCAUGGGAUAUUAGAUACUGAUAACCUCAAAUCAAAGAGAGUUCUGCUGGAAACCCCCAACCUGAGUGGUCAAGUAACCCAGCAGACUUAUGAGCAGAACGUCGGUGAGAUGUCUCAAUACUACAAGCUUCUUGAUGCCCUGAACCAUACCGUUAUCAACGUCCACCACAGACUAAAUGAUGCUGUACCCACAAAGGGAAUCCAUAAACGUAUAAAUGGAAGGAAAACCAUUUUGAAUGGUGGUAUUAAUGCUGCAGUGCUCAACGUUGACCGCCUCGGUGUGGGUCGGCCAUUGGACAUUUUCGAGGAACCACUGCCUCUCGACGACAUGCUAAUCAACGUAGUCAGGGUUCGUGACACAAGAAUGGUCACUGGGAGUAAGAAGUUCCUCCAGACUCUGUCUGUGCAAGAGCUGAGUGUUGAGUACCUGGACGAUGUGCCUGUCAAGGAUCUGGUAACCUCCGAGGGUGACCACAUCAUUGGCGGGUCGACUGUUUUUUCCCACCUUAUGGCUCAGACAGUGAUUCUUUCUCCUGGGGGAACUGUGGGAGGCAUUGAUCUUUCUGAAGAAGUAGUGUUCCUGAAUGAUAAUGCAACUCUAGGUGCAUGCAACUUUCAAGGUGCAGUUAAGGUAGACAGCCUCACUGCCAUGUCGAAGGUGGUGGACGGGGUCGACAUUCAACGCCUGAGCAGCCGCACCCUCACGACUCUAGGAGGGACAGUGCAGGGAUCACUCUCAUUUGCCAGUCCACCAGAUAUCAGUAUCUUGAACACAAACAGAAUUAUGGGAGUUAACAUCAGCAAAUUCAUGGAAACUACGGUGUUCAGACACAAGCCAGCAAUGGCAAGUGGGCGGUUAGUCGUCCCAUCAGUUGAGGUGCGUGGGGAUGUAAUUGUGGCUGGAUUCAUCAACUCAAAAAAAUUCCCUGACAACUAUGUAAUUAAUGGGGACAAGACCAUCGACUUUGGGUCACAGUGGUUCCAACAGGUCCACUUUGGUAGCCUGAACAUUGAUUCUCUUGGCCACGUGGAUGGCAUCCUGCCCUCCAACAUAGUGACCUUACACACUCCACAGACCAUUUCUGGGCUCAAAAAGUUUGCCAGAGGUGUGUACAUCGAAAGUGACCUAAAUAUAGACUCUAAAAUAAUAGAUCGAGUAAAUCUGGAUGAACUUAACAGUUCUCUAGCCAACAUCAAGUCAGGAAGUUGGAAGUUUGAUGUCGUCUUCGAGCAGUUCGUGACAGUUCCUUCAGUUUCUUGCACAGGGAACCUUAAUGGCCUUGACUGGGCUGUCUUUGUAAAUGACUUAGUGUAUGAUGAUGUCCCAUCUGUAGUGAUAAAUUCUGAGAAAGUUUUCAGAAGCGGACUGACCAUCGAGAAUGUCAUAUUUCACAAAACCUUAAACAGUGAGAGCUUCAAUAAUCUAGUUAAGAUAACUACGGACAGCAGCAGCAGUGGUGAACUGCAAAUUGUCACUGGGGAGAAGACCUUCUUAAAGAAUGUAACAUUUGAUUCCUUAAUUACACUGCUGGUGGGUGGUGUUGAUGUUAAGAAGAUUGCCCAAACUGCACUGUACCUGAAUAAGGUUGGUCAAGUUGUAACUGGGACUAAAACUUUUGCCCAGGUGUUAAGGGUGGAAGAGCUGGUGGUCACUGGAAGAAUCAGCAGCCUGGAUAUUGAUCAAAUAGUUAGAAAAAGCACAGACCAGGUUUUCGCAGCACCACAGUCACUGCUCUAUGCCAAUUUUAGUGACUUAAGAGUAACUAGCAUUCACAUGGCUAAAGAAAACACCAUCAAUGGGGUGGACAUCUCUUUACUGAACAGAAAGCGAGUCAGCAUGACUCUCCCUGGCUACUAUUCAGGAGUCCUCACAGUAGAGGGGUCUGUUAUGUCACACACAACUCUUACCGUCGGUAAAAUCAACGGAUAUGUGGCUAAUCACCUGACUGGUAACUUGGUGAUGAAAGAUGAAUCUUCUUAUAUAUCUGGUUAUGUCAAAUUCACUUCUCUUAGUGUUGAAGGACCGAUCACUACCCACAACCAGAUCGGGGCCAAUGGGCUUAACAUCAGUGACAUCAAUCAGAAAGCUAUCCACCUGACAGAUGACAUAAUGAUCACAGGAAGUGCAACUUGGAAUGAGCUAGUCUUCAGGCAGGACGUGGCGGUAAGAGGACUGGUCAGCGGUGUGGAACUGCAGCGACUAAGUGACAGCGUGGUGUAUCUGGAUCAGGUGUCAAGCCAAAUUAUUACAGGAAAGAAGAUCUUCAAACUGGGCCUGACAGUACACAACAACCUGGAGGCCUUGGCCAUAAAUGGGAUUGACCUGAGGACGCGUCUUCUUACUCGCCACACAGAGCAGGUCAUCACUGCGCCUUAUUACUUUGUCAGUGUGGAUGUUAGGGCGGCCCUUCACAUACUGGGUCUGUACAACAACCAGAACCUUGCUGGCCUCGUCUCCCUCGGCCUCAGCGGCACAGAUGUUGUCAAAGGAAAGGUGAUCUUCCACGGGGAGGUGAAUGUCGGCCACCUGCACUUGGCUGGUUUAUACAAUGGGGUGGACACGGCCGAACGCUUGGCUGACUCAAUCUCCCUCUACGAAACGAAUGUAACUGUGACAGGCAUGAAGACAUUUAUGACCAACGUGACCUUCCAGACCUUAGACGUAACGAGUAUCAAUUAUGUUCCUUUAAGAGACUACCUACAAAAAUUAGUCCGGAUCAACUCUGAUAUUCACCUGCCUAAAGGAGUGACGGUAGAGGGUGGUCUCUGGGCGCCAUUCGUCAGUGUCAACUCACUUGUAGUGGAGGGGAAGGUGGAUGGUGUGGAUUAUAACAAACUAAUGAUGGAAGCAAUUUACCUUGACCGGAACCAAACCAUCGGCAGUUCUUUGGUAUUCAAGAAGGAUGUACAAGCCCAGGGACCAAUUAAAACUACACUUUUGAAUAAUCUGAACCUGGAGACUCAGUACUUAACCACCAACACUGAGCAAACUCUGCCUGAGAGCCCGAUCUUUAGAGAUGUCACCACUGCUCAGGUGGAUGUGGACGGCACCGUGAACUCGUGGCAUCUCCGAGAAGAAGUGAUAGCCACAAUGAAGCCAGUAGGUGGCCAGACUGUGUAUGGCAGCCUGACUCUACUGGGCCGGGUAGAGGUGACAACGGAUCUGCUUGUGACUGGCCUCGUGGGGCGUGGCAUGUGGCUUGACCUGGCACUGCAGACUGUGAACCUCCACCAAAACACUCAAAUUGAAGGUUCAAUAAGGUUCGUGAAUCCAGUGGUGGCAUCAACUCUGAUGAGCCCAAGUAGCGUGGUGAAUGAGGUUGACUUGAAGGCCUUGUUGACUUUUGCCUGGUAUGUCGACCAACAGAUUACCAUCAAGGUCCCCAUAGAGUUUCAUGGACCUGUCGUGUUUGAGGGAGCACUGCUGACUAACAACACUCAGGAUCCCAAGCAGCUAGAACAUCUUCAGCAUCAGCUGAUAUCUGCAGCCAUGCAUCACAGCGAUAUGGCCAAAAACCUAACGACGCUGUACAAAGAGACCUGUAGUCAAAUUGAGCCAAUGUACAAGCAGCUACAGGAUGCCAUCUACGAAGGUGACCAUUUCGAGGCCCUAUACGAGGAUCAGCUGCCGCACCACCGCCAUGCCUCGGAGGCAUUUUAUGCCUUCAAUACCACCUUCCUCGUGGUGAGUUGGAAGGGAAAUGACAACUGUGAGACGGCUUGGUAUAAUUUCGAAAGUGACACAAAGGAACUACGAAUAAGGGCAAUUGAAGAAACCUGGGCACACCACUGGCUUUUCCUCGGAGGCACCAUGGAGGAGGUGUAUGUGGCAGCGGUAGCCUCGGCAACCGUUGGGUUCUGUGACCCUACCAGCGCUAUUUGGAGGGUGACGAACACAACCAUCACGAAAUACCGGUCCCUGAAGAAUGGUGAGCGCCUGUCCAUGUUAAGGACUGGGUACCUGGUUACUCUGAGGAUCCACUCCUCCGACGCCACCACCACCUACACACUAAACUUGGCGUCGGGUGAACUAGUGCUGCGGCAGACUAUAUCUGAAACCUUUGAAAUCUACUCAACUAUCUUGACUAGAGAGGGUCAGAUAGUUACUUUCCGAAGCAACAAGGGGCGUGGAACACUGCUGGUGGACGACAACGAAGGAGAAGUGGUUGAAGCAGAACGUAGCAUUGACGACUGCAUGCUGCUAGAGGAGGAUGGACGUGUAUAUCUCCUUCUGGCAGUGACCAGAGAGGAUAUGAAUAGGAAUGAGUUUCUGCUGGAGCUACAUUCGGUGGAUUUGGCAACGAGGACACUCCACUGGGAAAGUGUGCACAAGAUGGCUGGCAAAACUCUGCUAACCGUCUUCUAUGCCGGGAGCCCCACCACUGGUUCUUACAUGGUGGUGACUUUGCAGGAGGGUCACACGCCUAUCAUCUACAGCCUAGUAGGAGCAACUAUGCAAGAGUUUGCAACCCUCAGCACCCAAAAAGUCUCCUGGAUAGAGCAUGUAGAAAUGCCCAGCCAACUCUCCCCAUAUCUUCCUCACCACCUCCUGCUGCUUGGACAACACAACAGAUCCUACGUCUUCACGAGACUGGUCAUGCGGGGCGGCACAGUGCCCCACAGGGACCUCAUCUGUGAUUAGGAGAUUUAUCUCUUGACGAGGACCUUUCUCCAUUAAAGCUACAAUGACCAAAUUUAUAUGACAUCUGAUGUACUGAUGGCAGGCAUAAUGUAUGAUUUAUUAGGUUAAAAUAAUACAGGUGAUAAAAUAUAAUAUUUUCAUAAAAGAAAUUA